AUGUGUGCCUCCCCGAAAAGAGUCAAUGCAUUUGUACGACUCAGGCCGUCAGCUGACUUCCCUCAAGAUAUGAUCAAGUUUGGGCCAGACAAUCAGACUAUCGAUAUCUAUGUCGAGAGAGACCGUUCCAAGGGAGUUGUCAACAACAAGCAGACAGACUGGUCUUUUAAACUAGAUGGCGUUCUUCACAACGUGUCGCAAGACCUGGUUUAUGACGUGGUAGCCAGAGACCUGGUCUCCCAAGCUCUUGAUGGAUAUAAUGGUACUAUAAUCUGCUAUGGGCAAACAGGAGCUGGAAAGACUUUCACCAUGACAGGAACGACAGAAGACUAUGAGCAUCGAGGAAUCAUUCCCCGAGCCAUUCAACAGAUCUUCAAGGCCAUGGAGGAACAUGCCAGCCAGUUCAUGACCGCUCGAGUGUCUUACCUGGAGAUCCACAACGAGACCAUCUUCGACCUCUUAUCCUCUAUGCCCCAUGCGCCUGACCCUCCACUGUCUGUCGUAGAGGGCCCACAGGGGGUUUCUGUGAGAGGGCUGACCGUGCACACCUGCCCCAGCGAAGAAGUGGCUUUGAACUUCUUGUUCGAGGGCGACACCAACAGAACUGUUGGCCAACACGCUCUGAACAGUCACUCCUCUCGGUCCCACUGCAUCUUCACCAUUUACCUUGAGUGUCACUCCAGAAUGACUUCAGAUGCCACGUUCAUCACCUCCAAAAUUAACCUGGUAGAUCUGGCAGGCUCCGAGAGGCUGGCAAAGAGCAAGUCGGAGGGACACGGAUUGCAGGAGACGAAAUACAUCAACAAGUCUCUGUCGUUCCUGGAGCAAGUCAUCAUUGCGUUGUCCGAGCGGAACCGGGAGCACAUUCCCUUCCGACAGAGCAAGCUCACCUACACCCUGAAGGACUCCUUAGGUGGAAACUGUUACACGGUCCUGGUGGCCAAUAUCUGCAGCGAAGCAGUUCAUGUUGUGGAGACGCUCUCCACGCUUCGUUUUGCUACCCGAAUGAAGUGGGUGACCACCGUGCCGGUCGUGAACGAAAAGCAGGACACAGAGCGCUUGGUGAAAAAUCUUGAAAAAGAGGUCUUCUAUCUGAAAGAGGAGCUGGCCGUGCACAACAGUCUGCUCAACCGCCCACCGGUGACUUACGAGCCCCUGAACGAAAUCCAGGUGGCAGAGAUCAACUCUCAAGUUCGUCGGUUCCUGGAAGGAACCAUAGAUGAGUUGGAAAUCAUGAGCCUCAGACAAAUCCACGAAAUCUUCAACCAGUUCAAAAUCAUCUUAAGCCAACAGGAGCAAGAAGUGGAAGCCCGGCUGAGGAGCAAGUACACCCUGAUCGACAAAAACGACUUUGCCACUUUGUCUGCGGUUCAGAAAGCGGGACUGGUUGAUGCUGAUGGCCACAUGGUUGGUGAGGUCGACGGGCAAGGAUUCGGCAUUGGAGUUGCCCCUUUCUCAUCCAAGCCCGGAGGGAAGAGAGCAAAAAUGAAGAAAGGCAAAGAGCAGCCCAGCACCACUCCCCGGAAGGAAGGCCUGGCCAGCCCCGUUUCAGGGAAGGAGCUGGAUUCCGUUUCCGUCUCACGCAGCCAGGGGUUCAGCAAGGAUCAGGAGGCAAAGGAGGCCCAGGAUGUUAUCAGCGUGGAGACGCACCGCACCGAAUCGGGGCCUAAAGACGACGCUGUGGCCCAGCCCAGCUGCCCACCAGCCAGGACUGCGGCCUUCGAGGACUUCAAGAACGAGCGCGGCAGUGAGAUCAACCGGAUCUUUAAGGAGAACAAAGCCAUUCUGCACGACCGCAAGAAGAAAAUGGGCGAGGUCACACAGAGGAUCAACCUCCUCAAGCAGGAGAUGGACACCACCAAGCAGGCCCUGGAGGCCCAGAAACUGGAGCGGGAGCAGCAGGGAGAAUACCUGAACGAAGAAGGUCAAGUCAUCAUCGAUGAAGAAGAAUUCCUGCUGCUCCUGAAGCUGAAGGAUCUGCGGAAGCAAUACCGGGCAGACUUCAGUGAGUUCCGAGACCUCCAGUCCGAAGUGCAGUACUGCCAGCACUUGGUCGACCAGUGUCGCCGGAAGCUGCUCACAGAGUUCGACAUCUGGUACAACGAGUCCUUCCUCAUCCCGGAGGAGGUCCAGGAGGCGCUGAAGCCCGGGGGGGCUAUCAGACUCGGCAUGAUUCCGAUCAACAGAGUCCUGAUGCUGGAUGAAGAUGAUCAGGAGAGGUUUGACCGGAUGCAGGAGGAAGUGCUGCCGUUUUGCCCAGCUUCUGUCUCCUUCUAUAGUGCCAAAGCAAAUGUUGUCCGCAAGCACAAGUAUGCUGGAGCCAUGACCGCCCUUGAGCAAAUGAGGAAGAAACCCGCUGGGAUCCAACCCGUAGUGAAGAACAAGCCUCCGUCCGUGCUCAACAUCACGUAG